UGAAACUGAACAGCCAGAAAGAGCACACCUCUAAGGAUGGAGAAGGCAGAAGCACACUGCAGAAAGUUCUCCCUCAGCUCCUUCUUCAACACCGAUGAAAAGGAAUCUUGAUGUUUCCAGAUGGCUUCUGCAUGGCAAAGUGUUCUGUCUGUGCACCAGAGGAUAGUGGACAAUGGAGACAAGAGGACGGACCCAUGGCUGCUGGUCUACUCCCCUGUCCCGGUGGCACUCAUCUUCCUGGUGUACCUCUGCGUGGUCUGGGCCGGCCCUUGUCUGAUGAAACACAGAGAACCCGUUGACCUCAAAGUGGUUCUCAUUGUUUACAACUUUGCCAUGGUCGGCCUGUCUGCCUACAUGUGCUAUGAGUUCCUGGUCACAUCCUGGCUCUCGAGCUACAGCCUCCUCUGUCAGCCUGUAGAUUACAGCACCAACCCGCUGCCACUGAGGAUGGCCAGAGUCUGCUGGUGGUUCUUCUUCUCUAAGGUCAUAGAGCUCAGUGACACCAUCUUUUUCAUCCUGAGGAAGAAGAACAGCCAGCUGACGUUCCUUCAUGUUUACCAUCACUGCACCAUGAUCUUCAACUGGUGGGCGGGAAUCAAAUAUGUGCCUGGCGGACAGUCGUUCUUCAUCGGCCUGGUCAACACCUUUGUUCACACAGUGAUGUAUUCUUACUACGGCCUGGCUGCGGUGGGCCCUCACAUGCAGAAGUACCUGUGGUGGAAGAGAUACCUCACCUCUCUGCAGCUGGUGCAGUUCCUGCUGGUCCUCCUGCACUCAGGCUACAACCUGUUCACAGAGUGCGACUAUCCCGACUCCCUGAACCUGUUGGUGUUUGGUUACUGCAUCACCCUCGUCGUCCUCUUCAGUAACUUCUACUGUCAGAGCUACCUCAACAAGAAGAAGCAGAAAUAAGACACAGUGGUGAGGAUGGGAAAGGCAGACGCACACCGACCCAGUGAAUGAGAAGCAACCACAAACCUCAAAAAACCCCAAACUGAGUGCAGCUCACAGCAGCAGCAGUCAUCUCUCCCUCAGCUCCUACAACUCAGUUAAAC